GAGUCCCCCUCUCUGUCUCGGUUGCUCUCUCCUCCGGCCUGGUGAGCCUGGGCUGGAGCCUUAGCCGAUUUGAAUAAUUUAAAAAUGACAACACCAAACAAGACACCCCCCGGUGCUGAUCCUAAGCAGUUGGAGAGGACUGCAACAGUAAGGGAAAUUGGGUCUCAGGCUGUUUGGUCACUGUCUUCCUGCAAACCAGGGUUUGGAGUGGAUCAGUUGCGAGAUGACAACCUAGAGACUUACUGGCAGUCUGACGGCUCCCAGCCCCACUUAGUGAACAUCCAGUUCAGAAGAAAAACAACAGUGAAGACGUUAUGUAUUUAUGCAGACUAUAAAUCUGAUGAAAGCUACACUCCAAGCAAAAUCUCAGUAAGAGUAGGAAAUAAUUUUCACAACCUUCAAGAAAUUCGGCAACUUGAAUUGGUGGAACCAAGUGGCUGGAUUCACGUUCCUUUAACUGACAAUCAUAAGAAGCCAACUCGCACGUUCAUGAUACAGAUUGCUGUUCUAGCCAAUCACCAGAAUGGAAGAGAUACCCACAUGAGACAAAUUAAAAUAUACACACCCGUGGAGGAGAGCUCCAUUGGGAAAUUCCCUAGAUGCACAACCAUCGAUUUCAUGAUGUAUCGUUCAAUACGGUGACUUUAAAAUGGGACAGAAGUGAAAAGACAUUUGUUUUAUCAUAUCAUUGCAUAUUGUAGCAAGUAUCUUUAGUGAAAAGUAUGCUACUUUACAAUUUUAUAUACAUUUAAAAAUAAUUUAAUUUAGAUAAAUAACUUGGGUCAUGUCUGUUUUUUAUAUAAUAAAGCUCAUAUAUUUUAUAUUGGUAAAAAUUAAUUUGAAACCAAUCUUUGCCUUUUUCUUUAUAUUAAAAGAAAACUAGUUAAACUGAAAUUUUCAAUAUGUAUAUAGUUUCUUUACCAGCUUGGUGGUUAUUUCAUAUAAUGGUUGUUGGAUGUUUGAGAACAAAACUGUUUUCUUAGUGUAUAUGUAAUUUUCAGUAGUAAAAGAUUAAUUUUUUAGAGGAAAUUUAUUGUUUUUAAUGUAAUUUUUAUGUAUUAUGAAAAUAAACUGGCACUAAAUGUUGGCUGUGACCCACUCUGUUUCCGUCAUCUGGCCCAUGCCUGUGUACUAGCUCUCUGGAGGCUGAGGGGUAUGAGUUCCUGUCUAGCUUGGUCUAUACAUGAGACUCUGUCUUGAAGAGAGUGGAAGCUAAUUUUAUCUCUGUCUAUGUAAUACUUAUAAGAAGAAUUUCAAUUUGUGUCUGGCAUUGUAACAUCUUCCACAGAAAGUAUUUCCUAUGAGAAUUUAACAAACGAAAUAGUGCUUUUCUGUAGAACAUGGCUUAAGAAUGAAUAUUGACUAGUUUAUAACACAUUGUGCUGUGUAUCUGACUGGG